AUGGCGACCCCAUCGACGAACACGAAAACCCUUGAUCAUAUCGUGCAUCUGUCUCCACCAGGCUCGAUUGAAGAGACGUCGCGACAAUUUAGUGAUCUUGGGUUCAAGGUUAUACCUGGCGGAGAACACGUCGGUGGCUUGACUGCCAAUGCGCUCGUGGUCUUCGCAGAUGGAUUGUACCUCGAGCUACUCUCCUUCACGCAUGAGCCUUCUCACUACCCUCCUGGAUCACCGGCGCGUGUCAAACGCGACACCCACCCUUGGGCGAACAAACCAUUAGGCUGGAUUGACUACGCGUUUUGGGGGAACGGAUCACACACAAUUCGAAUCUCGGACGUUAUCAACGACCGUGCCAAGAAAGAUGGAGGCGAGGCGUUCUACGAGGCGGAGGAAGAUGGGGGAAGGAAACGAACUGAUGGAAAGGUCGUCAGUUGGCUCAUAUCGGCUCCUCAAGAAAAUAAAGAAACUUUGCCGUUCUUUUGUGGGGAUAUCACACCUCGAGAUCUGAGGGUGCCAACCAAACCGCCAGCGAAUGUCCAGCACCCAUCAACCACACAGGGAAUCGCACACAUUCGCAUAGUCACUGACGCAAAGUCGUUUCCCGUAAUCAGCAAGCAGCUCGCUUCUGUGACUGGACAAGAACCGUUGUCAUCUACGCCGAUUGAAGCAGUUUGGUCCCUGGACAGUCAUUCUACGACCUCUCCUUGGCUCAUUCUAAGUACACCUUCUAACGAGCUUGAGAGCGAUUUCACCGAGAAUGUGGGAACGGGUAUAGUUGAGGUCGGUUUUUUUGGUAAAGAAGAGGCCAGAUAA